AUGGAGUUCUCAUCCCCACUGGCGGCAAUGCGUCCGCAAAAUGUACCGAAUUGGAACCAUCGAGACAUCCCCAUGUCUCGAUCCAUGUACUCGGGCUAUCAGACACACGGACCGAACACCUUCAACUUCAAAGACAUGAGCAUGUUUGCACACAAGCCGGCACAGAAGGAUUAUUUUACUAUCCGGCCUGCACGCUCCUCGCCAACAUCGAGUCUGACAGCCGAUCUGGACGCCAACUUCCAUAUCGACAAGAGUCCACAAGCUCCGACUCCACGUAGGUCGCUCUUCACGACCGACCUGUUCAAGCCUCGCGACGAUGCUAUGCUCGUACAGACACCACCGAUCGAGGUUGACAGCGUGAUUACACCGCCCAUCCCUUCCUCCUCGCCGGGUCUGGCAGACAUGAUGGAACUCUCGCCCCUACCUCACAAGGCACCGUACUUCAUGGCUCAGGUCACGCUUCCCUCGCCUUCGUCAGAGGAGACUCCUGACGGCGAAGGCACGGUUUCAGCAGACCUGCUUUCCCCACCACUGGAAUCUUUCCCAGUACUGCAGCCGCAAGUACCGAUGUACCUGGCGCCGCCGGAACGCAAACGUCCAGUGACAAGACCUUCGUUGACCCGUCGAGCACAAUACCAUUCCAGUGCACCCAUACCACAGAGACCAUUCUCAGCGGAGACAUCCCUGCCACCCUUUCGCUUUGGUAGUGUCACUAACAAUGGCAUCUCCUGCGCCUCGACCCCAAGCCUGCUAGGCAAGUUCACAGACUCGCCUGUUGAGGACAUGAGCACAUCGAGUACACCUACAAUGCCGCCGCCUCCGAGACGACCCUCGUUGGGUGCUUCCAGUCGUACCACCGGCUCGCCUAUUGGAGGACACGUCCGAAAACCAUCAGCUGGCCGAGCGUCGUCCUUCGUGCGCCCACAACGCAAAGUGAUGCGACGAUCGCUCAGCAUGUUCCAGCACCCGGACGAUGUCAUGAAGGAAGAGCAGGACGCUUUCGAGGGCUCGCCCGGCCUGGCAUCGGUCAUGGAUAUUGAUCAAGCCGAGCCGCAGCUGAAGCUGCCCAACUUCACAUCAGAGAACGAGCCGGAUGGUCUGCCUCGCAUCUCACAAGAGUGCAUGGUGGAUAUCCUUGAAGGCAAGUACCGAGAUCAGUACACCACUAUCAAGGUCAUCGACUGCAGAUUCGAGUACGAGUAUACGGGUGGCCAUAUCGAUGGCGCUAUCAACUUCAACGACAAGCAAGCCCUGACCCACGAGCUCUUCGACGCACCGUGCGCUGCAUCUACUCUGCUCCUCUUCCACUGCGAGUACUCCGUCCAUCGUGCUCCUCUAACGGCCAAACACAUCCGCGGCCACGACCGCAAUGUCAACGCUACCAACUAUCCGCGUCUCACAUAUCCUGAGAUGUACAUCCUCGACGGCGGCUACAGCAAGUUCUUCCAAGGCCACCGCUCAAAAUGCUUCCCCCAGAACUAUGUCGAGAUGAACGAUCAGCGUCACGAGCAGGAUUGCGAGCGUGGCAUGGCCAAGGUCAAGUCACGGGCGAAAUUGAUCCGUGCUCAGACCUUCGCCUUCGGACAGAAUGAUAUGGAUGCUAUGGACGACUCGCCUACUGCACAGGGCCGGACGACUAUGCCUCCACGAGCGUUCAGCUCCUUUCAGACGGGUAUCACGCUUAGCGACGGCAUUGGACAGAGCUUCGCUAGGCGCAUGGCUUCAUGUUAG